GUGCCUCAAGACAACUCUCCUUCCACUGUGGCCCAGAGACACCAAAAGGUUGGACACCCCUGCUUUAGGGAGCAGAUGGGGAUGAGCCCAGGAGGUGGGACAAGCUGACCACCUCCACCCCCACAGGCCUGGUCUCCAGCAGGGUGGACGGUAACAGCCUGUGUCCCCGUUGCUCAGGGUCAGGGUCCCCCUGGGCUGAAGGAAGUGUCUGGUCACCUGGUGUAGGGCUGAGGCCUGCAGUGGGGCCAGGCAGGCCAGGGUGCUCUCGCCGGGGAAGAGCCCGAGCCCCAGCCGGGCAGCCACCUCUUCACCUCCCCAGACCACCCCUCACGUCUCCCUGGGACAGAAGCCCCCACCUGGGGUAGGCAGGACUGGUUGGCCCUCCAGGACCAGGCCUCUUGCAGGUAGAUGCCCUUGGACGUUUUACUUCAAGGGAGCCGGGCACCGGAGCGCUCCUUGGGGAGCCCCUGGGGUGCGGAGAGUCUGGACCGUGCUCACUCUCACUCUUCUGGGGCCACUGGGCUGCCUGCCCGCCGCUGGACCCCCAGGGUCAGAGGCCUAGCAUCGGCUGCAGCCUCUCCCUGUGCUUCCCCUGUACAAGGCAACCUGGGGCCGCCCCGUCCCCACCCCAGGCCCUGGGGAGUGCGGCCCAGGCUGCCCUCUGGAGGGCCAUUCUUCCCCGGCCCCUCCUCCCUUCCGUUUCCGUGGUUGUGUGGCUGGGGCUGGGCAGGGGGGGCCGGCAGGCAUGGGGGUGACCGCCCGCCCCUUCCCCUCAGCGGCCCGCCCCAGGGCCUGAGCUAACUGAAACCGCGGGAGGAGGAAGCACCGAAUCAGGAACUGGCCACUUGGCUGGGCCUAAGUCGGUCCCCUGCGGGCCCCCGGAGCAGCUGCCGGAGCCGACAGUGCCAUGGGCUUCUCUUCGGAGCUGUGCAGCCCCCAGGGCCACGGGGCAGUGCAGCAAAUGCAGGAGGCCGAGCUCCGGCUGCUGGAGGGCAUGAGGAAGUGGAUGGCCCAGCGGGUCAAGAGUGACCGGGAGUAUGCGGGGCUGCUCCACCACAUGUCGCUGCAGGACGGCGGGGCCCAGGGCCGGGGCAGCCUCAACAGCCCCGUCAGCCAGUCCUGGGCCGAGGUCGCCAGCCAGACGGAGGGCCUGAGCCGGCUGCUGAGGCAGCACGCAGAAGAUCUGAACUCCGGACCCCUCAGCAAGCUAAGCUUGCUUAUCGGGGUGCGGCAACAGCUGCGCAAGACCUAUGGCGAGCAGUGGCAGCAGCUGCAGCAGGAGCUAACCAAGACCCACAGCCAGGACAUCGAGAAGCUGAAGAAUCAGUACCGAGCCCUGGCCCGAGACAGCACCCAGGCCAGACGCAAAUACCAGGAGUCCAGCAAAGACAAGGACCGAGACAGGGCCAAGGAUAAGUAUGUGCGCAGCCUGUGGAAGCUCUUUGCUCACCAUAACCGCUACGUGCUCGGUGUUCGGGCCGCGCAGCUGCACCACCAGCACCACCACCAGCUCAUGCUGCCCGGCCUGCUCCAGUCACUGCAGGACCUGCACCAGGAGAUGGCCUGCAUCCUGAAGGAGAUCCUGCAGGAGUACCUGGAGAUUAGCAGCCUGGUGCAGGACGAGGUGGUGGCCCUUCACCAGGAGAUGGCUGCAGCCGUUGCCCGCAUCCAGCCGGAUGCCGAGUACCAGGGCUUCCUACGGCAGUAUGGAUCCACACCCGAUAUCCCACCCUGCGUCACAUUUGAUGAGUCGCUGCUGGAGGACAGCGAAGCCCUGGAGCCCGGGGAGCUGCAGUUGAAUGAGCUGACGGUGGAGAGCGUGCAGCACACGCUCACCUCAGUGACAGAUGAGCUGGCUGGGGCCACCCAGGCAGUGUUAAGCCGGCAGGAAGUGGUCACUCAACUGCAGAGGGAGCUCCGGAAGGAGGAGCAGAGCAUCCAUCCCCGCCAGCGGGUUUACCUGCUGGGCAAGAGGCAGGUGUUACAGGAGGAGCUGCAGGGGCUGCAGGUGGCGCUGUGCAGCCAGGCCAAGCUGCAGGCCCAGCAGGACCUACUGCAGGACAAGCUGAAGAAGCUGGGCCCUGGCGAGCCCCCGCCCGUGCCACUCCUGCAGGACGACCGCCACUCCACCUCGUCCUCGGAGCAUGAGCGGGAAGGGGGAAGGACGCCCACCCUGGAGAUCCUUAAGAGCCACAUCUCAGGAAUCUUUCGCCCCAAGUUCUCGCUCCCCCCACUGGUGCAGCUCGUCCCUGAGGUGCAGAAGCCCCUGCACGAGCAGCUGUGGUACCACGGGGCCAUCCCGCGGACGGAGGUGGCCGAGUUGCUGACGCAGUGUGGGGACUUCCUGGUGCGGGAGAGCCAGGGCAAGCAGGAGUGCGUGCUGUCGGUCCUGUGGGACGGCCAGCCCCGGCACUUCAUCAUCCAGUCCUCGGACAACCUGUACCGACUGGAAGGCGAGGGCUUUCCCACGAUUCCCUUGCUCAUCGACCACCUGCUGCGCUCCCAGCAGCCCCUCACCAAGAAGAGCGGAGUUGUCCUGAGCAGGGCUGUGCCCAAGGACAAGUGGGCGCUGAACCAUGAGGACCUGGUGCUGGGCGAGCAGAUUGGGCGGGGGAACUUUGGUGAAGUGUUCAGCGGGCGCCUGCGAGUGGACAACACCCCGGUGGCGGUGAAAUCUUGCCGAGAGACGCUCCCACCCGACCUCAAGGCCAAGUUUCUGCAGGAGGCGCGGAUCCUGAAGCAGUACAGCCACCCCAACAUCGUGCGUCUCAUCGGCGUCUGCACCCAGAAGCAGCCCAUCUACAUCGUCAUGGAGCUCGUGCAGGGGGGCGACUUCCUGACCUUCCUUCGGACCGAGGGAGCUCGCCUGCGGGUGAAGACUCUGCUGCAGAUGGUGGGUGACGCGGCCGCGGGCAUGGAGUACCUGGAGAGCAAGGGCUGCAUCCACCGGGACCUAGCUGCCCGGAAUUGCCUGGUCACAGAGAAGAACGUCCUGAAGAUCAGUGACUUUGGGAUGUCCCGGGAGGAAGAAGAUGGGAUCUACGCUGCCUCGGGGGGCCUCAGACAAGUCCCCGUGAAGUGGACUGCACCCGAGGCUCUUAACUACGGCCGCUAUUCCUCCGAGAGCGAUGUGUGGAGCUUUGGCAUCUUGCUCUGGGAGACCUUCAGCCUGGGAGCCUCGCCCUACCCCAACCUCAGCAAUCAGCAGACUCGGGAGUUCGUGGAAACAGGGGGCCGCUUGCCCUGCCCCGAGCUGUGCCCCGAUGCCGUGUUCAGGCUCAUGGAGCAGUGCUGGGCCUACGAGCCCGGGCAGCGGCCCAGCUUCAGCACCAUCUACCAGGAGUUGCAGAGCAUCCGAAAGCGGCAUCGGUGAGGCUGGGCCCGCUUCCCCCCGCGGCCUCUGCGGGCGAGACCGCUCCGCCCUCCCAGCUCCUGCUCACGAUGUGGGCGGCUCUUCUUGGCUCUGGACUCCGCCCCCCGGCCGCUGGGCCUCCGGCGGGGAUGCGGCUCCACGUCUGCGGAGCUCCUACCACUCUCUGAGGCCUCCCCUCCCAGGAAAAGUUAAUAAACCACUUG